CACCAUCAUCUCCACUUUCCUCGUCACAAAUGGCUGAACAGACAAUCCCCACCUUCAAGCUCGUCCUCGUCGGUGACGGUGGUACUGGAAAGACCACCUUCGUCAAGCGCCAUCUUACUGGUGAAUUCGAGAAGAAGUACAUCGCUACUCUCGGUGUCGAGGUCCACCCCCUUCAGUUCUCCACCAAUUUCGGCACUAUCUGCUUCAAUGUCUGGGAUACGGCUGGUCAGGAGAAGUUUGGUGGUCUCCGAGAUGGUUACUACAUCCAGGGUCAAUGCGGUAUCAUCAUGUUCGACGUGACCUCCCGUAUCACCUACAAGAACGUUCCCAACUGGCACCGUGAUCUCGAGCGGGUUUGCGAGAACAUUCCUAUUGUCCUCUGCGGAAACAAGGUCGACGUCAAGGACCGAAAAGUCAAGACCGGCAAUGUUACUUUCCACCGAAAGAAGAAUCUCCAAUACUUUGAAAUCUCGGCCAAAUCCAACUACAACUUCGAAAAGCCUUUCCUUUGGCUCGCCAGGAAACUCGUCGGCAACCCCUCUUUGGAAUUCGUCGCCGCUCCCGCUUUGGCGCCCGCAGAAGUCCAGGUUGAUCCCAAGCUAAUGGCACAAUACGAGGCUGAGCUCAAGCAGGCCGAAGCCGUACCCCUUCCCGAAGAAGAUGAUGACCUCUAGUCGCCAAAUUCACCUUACCAUACAUUACAUUCGCCGCUGUUGACAAGACGAUCGAUGUCGAGAGAUGAAGUUUUUUCCAAUCGAAUUGCAUGACUAUAUCUUUUUUCCUCCUACUUUUCCUUUUCCCCCUUCCAAACGUCUCAACGUUAGCUUUUUUUAAUCGAGCCUAGUGUGUCCAGAGAUGUUUGCUUUUACCAUGUAGAUGUAAAUGAUCUGAUGCUUUUGCGCUGCGAUGG